GACAAACCCGAUAUGGCUGAGAUUGAGAAGUCCAAUAAAUCGAAAUUGAAGAAAACAGAAAUGCAAGAGAAAAAUCCACUGCCUUCAAAAGAAACUAUUGAACGGGAGAAGCAAGCAGGCAAGUCGUAA